UGCUAUAAAUUACACUCGCUCGUUUCUUGCCUUUUCAGGGUCAUAAUUGCUAUGUAGUAGUAGUUUGUAGAACAAAGGAGGUGCAAUUCAUGUUUUUUUCCGACGCUUAAUAAGGAACCAUGAAGAAAAUUGUGUUAUUUAAAAGUGUGUCAGAGGACUACAAAAAAGUGUUCAGUGAUAAUAAUUAUGAGGCAGUAUUUGUGGAACCGCUACAAUUCGAGUAUAUGAAUCUACAGGAGCUGGGUGAAAAGUUACAAACGACUAAUUAUGAUGGAAUAAUUCUCACUAGCCCCAGAGCUAUAGAGGCAGUUUCUAAAUGUUGGUCCCCUUCGAAAUUUGUGACUUGGAACACUAAGAGGAUAUACACAGUGGGAGAGGCUAGCAGUCAAAAAAUUAAGUUAUUAUUAGGUUUAGAAGCAUUAGGCACUACAACGGGGAAUGCAGAAAAUUUAGCAACCCUCAUAGCAAAUGAGAAUAGUGAAAAAUCUAAUUUUUUAUUUCCUUGCGGCAAUUUAAGGUCCGAAAUUUUACCAAAUAUAUUAAAAUCCAAGGGUAUAACACUCGACGCGCUCACCGUGUAUGAAACUAAGGAAAACGAAAAUUUAAGAACUAAUCUGAUGGAACUUAACAACACAGUCAAUCCUUGUUGCAUGGUGUUCUUCAGUCCGUCCGGUUGUGAAUACAUCUACCGUCAGCUACAGACGUUUAACAAUAACCUUUCAGUGUUACCACACUUUGCAAUAGGCAAUUCAACGGCACACAAAAUUGAAAACCUAGGCGUUGAAAUUGCAGGUGUGGCAACAAAACCAAAGGCAGAAAGUUUGAUUGAAUCUGUCCAACAAUAUUUCAAAGCUAUGGAAUCAUGUAGUUAGUGAUAUAAAACAAAUAUUUCCAUGUUACGGUGUCGGUUUUUUGUAUAUGGAGGUUGAUUGUUUGUUAUAUAAUACUCGAAUAUAGUACAAGAGGAAUUUUAAAUUGUAUUCAGAAGAAAUUU